GAAUUGAAGGUGGCUUAGAUGAAUGCUCGUUAUUUGACCUAAGUCAGCUUGUGGAAGAGUUCAGUUCACGUUCUUGCUGAUAACUUUGUUGAUGUUUCCUGAAUGGAAAUAAAAUUUUACUUGAGCAGUCUGAAGGUUUAUUUUGACUUCUUGUGCUUCCUGUAGGAAAAGACUUUUUUCAGGUAGACUUCUUCCAAGAGUCAAAAGUCCAAGUUCAGUUACUGCUGCAGUUGUACAACAGUGUUUGGAAUGUUUGCAGCCAUAUAAGCAACGAGUUUCUUCUUGGUGUGUGGUUUCAGCACAGCAUGGCUGUGGUCAUCCACUUGCAAAGUCUUCUGAUUGUGGUGGGGACCAUGGACUUCUCUGGAUUGACCAUUCCUGAUGGGGGCAUGCAUAUUGUAGGGGGUGAACUGGGGGAAUAAAAUCAGCAGUGUUGAUAUUACAAAAUGACAAAACAUCCUCCGAAUAGAAGAGGGAUCAACUUUGAGGUGGGAGCCCAGUUGGAAGCCCGUGACAGAUUAAAAAACUGGUAUCCAGCUCACAUUGAAGAAAUUGAUUAUGAAGAAGGAAAAGUACUUAUCCAUUUCAAACGCUGGAACCAUAGAUAUGAUGAAUGGUUUUGUUGGGACAGUCCUUAUUUGCGUCCCUUAGAGAAGAUACAGUUAAGAAAAGAAGGAUUACAUGAGGAAGAAGGUUGUGCAGGAUUUCAUAUAAAUGAUCAGGUAUUGGCAUGCUGGUCUGACUGUCGCUUCUAUCCAGCCAAAGUUACUUCUGUUAACAAAGAUGGUACAUACACUGUGAAGUUUUAUGAUGGUGUAGUUCAGACUGUCAAAAACAUUCAUGUCAAAGCUUUUUCCAAAGAUCAGAAUAUUGUGGGUAAUGCUAAGCCUAAGGAAAGAGGUAAUGAAAUUCCAUCAUCUCCUGAAAAGCGGGAGAAAUUUAAAGAACAGAGGAAAGCAACAGGUAAUGCAAAGAAAGACAAGGAUGAAAAGACAUUAAGGACUGAGAAAAGAGUUAAGCAACCUGAUAAAGAAGGAAAAUUGAUAGUCAUCUCAGAAAAAGGCAAGGUCUCAGAAAAGAAUAUAUCUAAGAAUGGAAAAGAAGAUAAAGAGAAUAUAUCAGAGAAUGAUAUGGAAUAUUCAGUAGAUACACAAAUUGAGAAGAAGCCUGAGAAUGACAAUGUAAAGAGUCCACAGGAAAACGCAAAAGAAACUAAACGAAAACGUGGAAGACCACCGAUAACACCUCCAACAGAGCCAAGUUCUCAGACGCUGCAGCCCAUAACUUUGGAGUUGAGACGUCGGAAAAUACCUAAAGGAGGUGAAGUUCCAUCAAAGCGUCCCAGGAUUGAAAAAAACUUGUCUCAGGAAAAAUUGAAGAGCUCUUCAGAUAACCCUGAAAGAGACCAGAUCAGGAGACGAUCUUCAAGACUCUCAUCUAGUAUUAGCCAUGAGAUUUUAAAUACAGAUCAUGUUACAGUGUCAACAGAAAUUCAGCCUUUGAAAGAUGCAGUAUCUAACCAAAAGGAAUCUGAGAAGGUCCAGUUAGAAAUUCCUGUUGAAUCUGACCAAAGUUUCAGUGAACAAGGAUCUCCUGGAAACACAUCACAUAGCACAGCACUCAGUACAGAUGCCAGUUUACAGGAAGAAAAAGUUGAAGACACUGAGUCUUCCCCUGUUACUGUCAGAACUCAAGAACCUUCUGCUGCUACAGUAACAAAACCUUGUAGGAGAGCAGAUUUUCUUGCAUCAAAAAAAGCUGCAACUGUUGAUCAAGAUCACAAGUUUAGAUGCAAGUUCUUGGACUGUUCAAAAUCCUUCCGCAAAGCCAAGUUAUUGCAUUAUCACAUGAAAUACUUGCAUGGAGUGGAGAAGGCUGCAGAAUCACAGCAGAACCCUGUAAAAAGAAAUAUUCAAACCAGAGCUUCUUUGGCUUCUGAAAAAGCUAAUCAAGAAAGGUCAAAAAGAGGACGGACCACAGCUGGUUCAUUGUAUGCUCCUCUACACAUAGCCCUAAGGAGUACCCCAUAUAGAGAUGAAAAAAUAGAAAAGAGAAGAACUUCAACUCCUGUAAGUGUCUUAAAUAGUCACCGACAUUCUGUUAGAGAACAAACCAAGAACCACAUAGCGAGAUCGCUGCGGAAGCCUCAAGAAAAAGAAAGAGUUGAAAAUGCUGUUAAAGAACAAGGGAAGAACAAAGAAAGAAAAUCCAAAGACUAUGGAAGGUCCAAGUCAAAGAAAAAGAAAAAAAAGAAAAAGAGAACUAAGCCUGAAUACUCUGGCAGUGAAGAAAACACAGAUAUUUCCCAGGAGCUUUCUCCUGAAAAAUCAGUUGUCACAAAAUGUAUUUCUUCAAAUAAAUCAUCUGCCCACCCAAGCACACUGCUACACUGCUCCGAUUCUGGACAGCACAGAGGAAAAUCAAAAACAAACGAGGAUGACACCCUGAGUGAGUCAUCUAUGGAUAGCUUGCUUUGGAGUGAUGAUGACUGCAGUCAGGAUGUUGAUGUAACCACAAACCCUGACGAAGAAGUUGAAGAAAGUGAUUUUGAGAUUGUUCGGUGUGUUUGUGAAGUAAAAGAAGAAAACGACUUCAUGAUUCAGUGUGAAGAGUGUCUAUGCUGGCAGCAUGGAGUCUGUAUGGGUUUACUGGAAGAUAAUGUACCUGAGAAAUAUACCUGCUAUAUUUGCCAAGAUCCUCCAGGUCAGAGGUCCAGCUUAAAGUACUGGUAUGAGAAGGAGUGGUUAAGUAAUGGUCACAUGCAUGGCUUAGCAUUUUUGGAAGAAAAUUAUUCCCACCAGAAUGCCAAGAAGAUAGUAGCCACUCACCAACUUCUUGGCGAUGUACAGAGAGUGAUAGAAGUACUGCAUGGACUGCAGCUGAAGAUGAGCAUAUUACAAAAUAAAGAGCAUCCUGACCUAAAGCUUUGGUGCCAUCCAUGGAAGCACAUUACAGUGGAUGAAAAAAUUCAUACAAAACACAUCAUUCACAUUGAGGAAAACUGUUGCAAAGAGGAGAUGGCAAGUUAUAGAACUUGGAAUGGGACAGUUGAGAAACCCUCAACCAUUCCUUCUGUGGAGGAAUCUUACAUUACGAGUGAACACUGUUACCAGAAGCCUCGGGCCUACUACCCUGCGAUAGAGCAGAGAUUGGUUGUGGAAACGAGAGGUUCAGCCAUGGAUGAUGGAGUAAAUAGAAUAAGGGAAAAUGGGGAUGAUGCCCUGUCAGAGAGAUUUGGCUGGAAUCUGGACCGAGAAAUAUGCAAGAUGGAAAAUGAAUCCAAACACAAUUACUCUAAGGUAAGAGAGUCUGUCUCUAAGAAAGUCUCUCCAGAGGAAGCUAUUGAAAUGAAAUUGCUGGAAAAAGACAAAGAAGGAGUUGUGAACUCGCAGCUGCAGUGGCAGCUUAAUCUUUUAGCUCACGUGGAAUCUCUGCAAGAUGAAGUCAUACACAGAAUGGAUUUCAUUGAGAAGGAGCUAGAUGUUUUGGAGAGUUGGCUGGAUUAUACAGGAGAGCUGGAACCACCAGAACCGCUAGCUCGACUCCCACAACUCAAACAUUGUAUAAAGCAGCUUAUAACGGACCUAGGCAAAGUGCAACAGAUUGCACUUUGCUGCUCAACGUGAGACUAGAAAAUGUUGGAGACUGUUAUUGAGUGCGAAGUUGGAGCAUCUGAUGUGAACAGCUCUGUAUAUUUAAAUUAAAUUAGCAUGCUGGUUGCAUGUGGUGCAGAUUGACUUCAGGGAUUUGUGAAGAAGUGCUGUUCAAAGAACAGCAAAAAGGUUAUUUUAUCAUAAUUUCACGUUUAUUAGGCAAUUAAAACGAUAUGGAAGAGGUCAUACUGUUGUCUUCAGAGGUUGGGUGUUGGUUGAUAAAUUAUACUUAAAUUUUCACUCCUUACAAGUUGCUCAUUGAAACGGUAGACUGAAAAUAAUUAAAUUGACUAAAAAUUGUGCCACUGAAGAACAGAGUUCUAAGAGCCAAAAAUGUUUAGUUGACAGAAGUUGUAAAUAACUUUGCAUAGUUUAAGUGACUUGUGUCAUGUUUUAUUCCUUCUGAUUUAUGCAUAAUAGCACACAGUAUUUAAUCAUUAGGAAAUGUUAUAACAGUUUUCAGACUUAGUAAGUAUGAAUGUCCAGCUCUUAACUAUAUCUGUUAUGUGGAGGUUUGCAAGUAACAGUGGCCUAAACCCCACUUCUAUUACGUUAAAUAAUGUAGCAGAAGGUCACAGGUGGAUUGCACUUAUUUUCAGAAUAAAUGAUUGUUUUCCAUAUUUAUCCUGUCACUAUCACAUGACUUGGUACUGGGGAAACCCAUGAACGUUGUGUUUAUGUGCGUUCUUGAGCUCUUAAAUAUGGCCAUACUGUGCCUCCUGAAGCAGUGCUAGUGGGACACCCUUGUUGCGGCAGUAUGAAAUACCGCUGUGGAAAGACUGGAGAUGCCCUCGAAGUUCCAGACUUCAACAAGGUCUGUAAUGGACGUUACGUAGUUUUCUACCCGUUUGUUAAUAAUUGCCAUUCCGGUUAUAUUUUGAAAUGUAGACUUUUUUCAAUACUCUGAACGUGUUCAUUGUAAAGACUUACUUUCUGAAUGUGUGGUUUUGGGAAUCAGUUUAUUUUAUAUUUGUGUAAAUAAAGCCUCAAGAUCUAUGCAUGAGGUACUGUCCUCGCAGACAGUGAGUGGGUUAUUAUCUUAAAUGGUGUAUGUUCACAAAGUCCCUUUUUAUACCUUAAGUUUUAAUUUUCUGGUUUGUAUUACUUUGAGAGCAAGGUGAAAAUGCUGCUUAUGUUCAAGUCACAUACAGUACCUUUUGAAAUGUUGGUGUAUUGUAAGUAUUUGAGAUGUUAAAAGUCUUUCAGCUGCAGAUCAUAGCUCCAUAAAUAAUGGCUGUGACUUUAGUUUUCCUUCCCAAACGUUGCUGAGUUAAGUUCACUGUGGAAAAUGGUUAAGCUGUUUUUGCAGUGAGAGGGUGUCCUUAAAAAGCUGGAUUUGUUACCUUGAUUUUAUUGUGUGUGAUGGUACCACCAAAGGGUAGAAUUUAAGCACAGUUGUAAUUGAAAGGCCCGUAACUGUACAAAUUACUAAUUUUGGAUAUGAAUCUGUAAUGUUUGUAUAGUGCAAAGAAUAAUGUAAACUUGAAAUAUCCAAUAUUAUUGUAGGAGUUAAUGGUAUCUACACAGUAAAUAUUUUAUUUCCUUCAGAAAACAAAAUAAUUAGGCUACUCUAGGUAGUAACUAAGGCUUUUGUGCCAAGACUCAUUUCAGGGAAUAAUUUGUCUCACAGUUUUAUAGUACUAGUUGGUAUAUAGUGAAUACAACAUAUGUACAGCAGAAAAAUAAACUUAUUUUUCUGUAACACAAUUGGAAUAAAGCUUACAUGAUAUUUAAGAAUGACUUCGCUCUCUGAAGAUGAGACCAAUGCUUAUACCUUGUCUCAUUCCUGUUAAUGACACCUGAGUUCAUGUAUACUGUGUAGCUCUAGAACAGGCGGCAGCAACCAGACAACCGGAACAGCAUUAGAAGGAGCACCCCGGACAACUGUGAAGGUUUUUGGGUUUUUUCAGGUGAGAUCGACCAGAAAGGUGUUCCCUGGUUGAAAUCUGUAAAGCAAGCACUCCGACGGGGCGUCUCUUGAAGAACGUAGCAGCGUUGUUAACAAGUCAGCUGUGCUUACAGUUUGAGGGUGUGAAAGCAGGUAAAUUCCUGAGCAGACUUUUCACUCCAGCGUGGAACUUCUCCUUCCCAAGCAGUUGCUUUUUGUGUGUUCAUUGUACAUUCUUACUUUGCCAGUUUAUUUUUGCUCAGGGCAGUACUUAAGAUUUGGAAGAAAAGGCAGUUCUGAUGGGUGAAUCAAAUGGCAAAUACUGGAGACUUGUUUUCCUUUAGUAGAGCUAGGGAAGCCCUUGCAGAUAAAGACUGAAAAUAUUUAUUUAAAAUAGAGUAGCAUUUCUCAUGUUCAGGAAAGAUUCUUUAUUGUGCUCUGCCUGGAUUCAUUUUUGUCCCUGUUUUUGCAAGUUUCCACAUUGUUAUUUCUUAGUCUGGACCAACUGUUCGGUCUGGCAGGUCACUUUCUUUAUUUCUUUAAAUCACUGGUAAGUGAAUGCAAAGUGGAGCCUUGAUGAAAUGAGCAAACAUUGCACUGUGGAUACAUAAGUAUAUUUGUCUUUGUUUAUGCACUAUUAGAACUGAGGGCGCUGUAUAUAGAAUUUUGCUUUGGAGCAAUAUUUGCAAAACUUGAAAACUUCUGUAUCUUGGUGUUUGGAAUAAAUAAAUAGGUUUUUGUUGGUUAA